UGGGAGGUAAUGGACGCGUUCGAGAGGAUCAAAAUCGCAAUGUAUCAUGGGUAAAUUUUGAAUGAAUGAUCUACAAUUAGUGAGUCAUUAUUUAUGAUGGAACGUGAUUUGUAGAUAGUUCAAACCGCAGUCGCCUGCAGUCAUUUUGAUGCUCUCGAAUACGGCCAAUACUUGCCAAUAAGAUCCGUGUUGUUGUGUUUCCACUAGAUAGCACAGCCACAAAGUUGUGUCGUGAAAAUGUAUGAAAACAAACAUGAGAAUGUUGGUCUUCAUUCAAGGUUAUGGUUAGGCAUAAUGUUCGCAGCGUGGUUAAAGUUACGGUUAAGGUCAAGUUUAAAAUACAUUUUUAAGAAGAUAAAUUGUAGAAAUAGGCGGGGUUUAUGCGUUUGUGGCUGGGGUAACUAGUGAUGACUGUGUUGUCAUAAUCACCCAUCCGUACCCGAGUGGGUGCAGGGUGAUUCUCCUAUUGUACAGAAUAGGACAGGGGAACCAUGGCAUACUUGCGAGGCGCCCCAUCUAAUAUCCAACGCACAGAGAAUAUGAAUUCUGCGCGAUUUUUGUGCUGAGCCAAGAUCCUAUAUUUUCAAAACACAAAACCAGGACCUCGGAUUAUUUCUACACGCACCAUUUUGAUCGAAGAGGUCCAUGAUGGAGCACAUCCGAACGCCAAAGGUGGAGAAUGUCCGCCUGAUUGACCGUACGGCCCCUAGGAAAGCCAUGGUGGGAACGCUGUACCUCUCUGCCACACACACCAUCUUCGUGGAGAACAACCCAGAGACACGCAGAGAGACUUGGGUGCUCCACAGCAUGGUGGCCAGUGUGGAGCGGCCGCCAACCACCCCUUCAGGAAGCCACCUGGUUGUCCACACUAAGAACUUCCAGGUGGUUCAGCUGCUCAUCCCCCAGGAGAGGGACGCCAUGGAUGUCCAGGCCUCGCUUGCACGCCUCUCUCGCCCAGAGAAAUAUAGCGAGCUCUACUGCUUGUCCAUCAAUCCCAACGCUAACAAGGAGGAGAGGGAGGAGUCCUGGAGUUUCCUAGACCUGCAGGCGGACUACAGACGCAUGGGCGUGCCCAACAACCUCUGGGUCAGCACGCCAGCCAACAGCGAGUACAGGGUGUGUGAUACGUACCCAUCAGAGCUGUUUGUGCCAAAGUCGGCCACACCUCCAGUCAUCGUGGGGAGCUCUAAGUUCCGGAGCCGAGGGCGUUUACCUGUCCUGACGUACUUCCACCAGGAUACCCUAGCUGCUAUCUGCCGCUGUAGUCAGCCCCUGUCCGGCUUCAGCGCUCGCUCCCAGGAGGAUGAACAAAUGCUGGAGGCCAUCAUGAAGUCCAACCCGGGCAGCGACUACAUCUACGUGGUGGACACCAGGCCAAAGUUGAACGCGAUGGCCAACCGGGCGGCUGGAAAAGGCUAUGAGAACGAGGACCACUACGCCAACAUCAAACUGCAGUUCAUCGGCAUCGAGAACAUCCACGUGAUGAGGAACAGCCAGCAGAAGAUCAUUGACGUGGGUGAGCUCAAGACUCCCUCCAUGGGUGACUUCCUGUGGGGGCUGGAGAGCUCCGGUUGGCUGAAGCACAUCAAAGCCGUGCUGGACGCAGGCGUCUUCAUCGCCAAGGCGGUUGCGGAGGAGGGUAUCAGUGUGGUGGUCCACUGUUCGGACGGUUGGGACAGGACGGCCCAGGCCUGCUCUGUAGCCAGUGUUCUCCUGGAGCCUUACUACAGGACUAUGAAGGGACUCAUGCUGCUAAUCGAGAGGGACUGGGUGUCGUUCGGUCACAAGUUUUCACACAGGUACAACCAUCUGGAAGGUGAUCCUAAGGAGGUGUCCCCGGUGAUAGACCAGUUCCUGGAGUGGUGGCAGCUGUCAGAACAGUUCCCCUGUGCCUUCGAGUUCAACGAGCGCUUCCUGGUUCAGCUGCACAGACACGUCUACUCCUGCCAGUACGGCAACUUCCUGGGCAACAGCCAGAAGGAGAGGAGGGACAUGGGGUUGCGUGAGAGGACUCACUCCCUGUGGCCCCAGCUGUGGAAGGACAGGGCACAGUACGCCAACCCCUUGUACAGGGCUGACCACACCCAGACUCAGGGGAUGCUACGGCCAAACACCACCCCCUACUGCUUCAAGAUGUGGAAGGGCAUGUAUAACCGUGUGGAGAAGAGCUCUCCCCCGCGCCAGACGCCCACCGACUUACUGACAGCCGUCAGGGAGGAGACUCAGCAGCUGGAGGAGGAGCUGACCAAUCACCAGGAGAGGAUUGCAGUCCUGACAAAAGCAGAUCAAACUAAGGGUAAUGCGGGUCAGAGGAAGAUCAACAAAGUGUGUGAGGAAGAAUGCAGGCCAGGCGGACUGGCUCCUCCCACUGGAGAUGGCCCCUUCACUAGCCCCCCUCAGGGCUAUUCUCCCUCCCAGGGGGGGCCCCCGGGCUCGGCUAUGACCCUGCCCUUGGGGCCCCCCAAGGGUCCUGGCCCUGACUCAGACGGCCUCUCCUCGGCUUGCAGCGACAUGGAAUCGGGCGUGGCCGACCUCAGCAGCCGCUCCUCCAGCGGCGGCGACGACAACAAGGACCCCGAAGAGGCAGUCUACUGCACGGCCUGAGUGAAAAUGGAGAUCAAUGAGGGGCUUGUCGGAGGGGGGGGUUGCCUUGUUGACGAAGGCACUUUGCAUUGACAAUUGAAUAUCACAGAGGUCUCUGUUUUGACGGGGCCAAUUGGACUGGAUUUUACUUGUGAUUCUUUUGUUUUGUUUUCUGUGUAGUUAGUAUCGGUGCACAACGUGAGCACCUGCCGGGUAUUGUGGUAACACUGGGUAGCCGUAGUGGAUGUUUGAAGCCCAUACUAGUGUAAAAUGUGAACAAAAAUAUUCCAGGAACAAACGUUUACUGCAAAGGCAAAAUACUGGUGUGCAAUAUUUUGUCUUAAGUUAUUAUGUUGAGUUACAAUGUACUACUGUACAACUUUUUAAAACAGGAAAAAAACUAAAUGUACAUUUGUUUGUACUUUCCUUCAGACCAAUGCAUUACAUUGGUCGCACCAAGUAGGACUACCCCUCCGAAAUCUAUUUGUCCCUUCUGAAGUCUGAACAAGCAUAGAGGCUACAAUGUUUCCCAGUGGUAUAUCAUGGUCGUGAUCAGGAGGCAAAAAAAAAAAUCAAACUAUUAAACGUUUCACUACGUUCUACACUUAUGAACACGACCCAGAUAACACUGUCAAACACAGCACCUGUUCUUGGUACAUUUAUCACCACCCAGUCUAGUUAUGUUUACUGUCUCGUUCCAAUAACCUGCCUUCUUACACAAAUGAAGAAACACCGCACUUCUCAACUAGCCUGGAUGAACAGAAAUGUCUGCGUUGCCAUGACUAGGCUUUUAUUUGGUCUUGAAAUGAAGUGAACGUUGCUGCUUAUUAGUAAUGAAUCGAGAGACAUACUCUUUCCUUUGGAAAGCCCAUUGAACUGCGGUAACCUUUUCAGAUGGUUAUUCCCAUUGCUGUGUAUAUUUAACUGUGUAUACGAGUGCAGUCACUAGCGAUGUAGUAUGAACACUUAGGACACAUUAGAAACGUUCCAAUAUCAACACCAGAGCACCACUUAGAAUACAUGGCCAACACAUUGGUUCAAUCUGAAUGGGAUGUGGAUAUUAGACCUCAAAAUCUCUUUGUGAUAGGUAGCAUUAGCUAGCCUGUGUGCCAUUCUGUUUCUGUCCUCUUGCCAACGGCCUACAGACGGGUUAGCUGACAACAGCACGAAAAGAUGUGUGUGUGCGCUUCAAAGGGGCAGAAAGCCGGUGUUGUUAAGGUUCUGGAUGGACAGAUCACUAGCAACAAUGACAAACUGCCAUGUGGAGGGUUCACAGGUGGCUCUUUUCAUCUUGUUCUUGAUGCCAUGUCUUGUUUUGAUCUAUGCUAAUAUGGCUAACAUUUGCUAGCUAGCUAACCAACAACUGUAACAAUGUAUUUGAGAGACAAAUACUCAUUGUGGAACUUUAUGUUUUCAAUAAACAUUGGAGACUAAAUAUAGUUUACAUGUUAUCAACAAUCUAAGCCAACCACGUCUGUUUUGCCCCAUAUUUGCGCACGUGUCGGUUUUGUUGCUAAACAACCAACCCGUCUAUGGAAUGGUCAUGGCUUGACAAUGAGCAAUGGAGUUGGAAAGAGCACAAACAGAUCUGGGACCAGGUUAAUAAGUAUUAAACUGUUGAGAAACCACUUGUAUGGUCAACCUGGGAAAACAACAUGGCUGAAUCCAAUGGAUCUCCUUUCCACUGUGGUAUUUAGUGUUUACUGUAUAAGUUGUAAAUGACCUGAAAUAAACUAUUCACUGUCAAAGGGAAA